AUGGGAAGGAGGUGUAGAAUUUGGUGGCCAAAGCAACUCUCAUUGAGCACACCAUCAUCCUGCUCCAAUUUCUUGCUGGGUUGGUUCAUUUCGUCGUCUUCGUCUUCUCUUGACGUUGUCGUAGCUUUUGCCUGCACUGAACAAGCGCUUUCUGAUAAAAAAUUAUGCAUUCAGGGAAUCCUUCAUGACACCAAUGGAAGGAUGCCUGUGUUACUCCAGGAUAAGUCAAUGUUGUGUAUAGUGGGUCAAUUUUUUAAAGUUCACCCAAAAGAAGAUCAAUAUCAUUCAUCUUGUUGUCGGUGCCACAAUCUCAAUGGAUCACUAGAACAAUGUAGGCAAACUUUUGUAGGAAACAGUUAUUGGAUCCAGAUGCUAUGUGAUCCUCAAGAACAAGUUGGAACAGAAAUUAGUUGGAUUCCUAAACUGCAUCACAUCCACUGGAAUGGGCAAAUGGUGUUUCCAUGUGAUAUCCACUUAAUAUUGUACGAGACCCCAGCCUAUGGUGCUCACCAUUUCUCAUUACAUCCUUGGAAUUCAUUUGAUCAAGUGAAUGCUCCUGAGAGAAAACCCAAGUGGGUUGAUGAACUUCACCAGAAGCAGCCACUCCUUGACUUGGAUACGGUCAUUCUGGCAAUCAAUAGCUCCGCUGCUGCGGACAAAGUUUUCGAAAGAUGCAUGGGUCCCAAGAAAUCUACUGUGCGCUUUUCCACAGUUUACAUGUUUCUUGCCUUCACAUGGCAACUAUUUGCUGUGUCUGUGGCUUCAUUGUCCAUGUUAUUCUAUGUCAUUGUUCAGUUUCUCUAUAGGCUUCUGAAGUAUGCAUCAGAUUCAUGGGUAUACAUCAUAUCAGUAAAGGUAUUCAGCAGUUCAAGGAUAAAUAUCAGAAUCCGUUGUUCUCAGAUCUUGUAUUGGCCAAUCUUUCUUCAAGAUAAUGGCACAAGGUCGCUAUCAAGUGUUGAAUAUGCGGAGAAAGCUGCAUUGCAUAAGCAUUCCAUGUGGUCAAGUUUAGCUGUUGAUGUACUUCUGGGAAACUUGUUCGGUUUGGCACUGCUGUAUCAUGCAGAAUCUGCUUGCAUGUGGGUCCUGAAAUUUGCCAGUGACAUUACAAAUGAGUUAUUGCGCUCAGGUUGUGUGUGGUUAAUGGGAGUCCCCGCAGGUUUUAAGUUAAACACGGAAUUGGCAGGAGUUCUUGGGAUGAUUUCUCUAACUGCUAUCCAGAUUUGGUCUACCAUUUGGAUCUUUUUGGGGUUUCACUUCAUUUAUUUCAUUAGAGGACUUGCUAUAUCAGGAAUCAUUUUUGGGGUGACUGUACCUGCUGCUUUGAUAAAAGACUUGAUUGCACUAGCAACGUUACAUGUGUCCACUCUUCACUGGUUGAUAUCACUUUUAUAUUCGACUCAGAUACAGGCAUUGGCAGCUUUGUGGCGCCUUUUCAGGGGUCGAAAGUGGAAUCCUCUUCGUCAGAGAUUAGAUAGCUAUGACUAUACUGUCAAGCAACACAUCGUUGGAUCUCUUCUGUUCACACCACUCCUGCUUCUAUUACCGACAACUUCUGUUUUCUAUAUUUUCUUUACCAUUAUGAAUACAACCAUCAGCCUUAUAUAUAUACUGAUUGAAAUCACUAUAUCUGUUAUUCAUGCCACACCUUACAUCAAAAUUUUCCUUUGGUUGGUCAUGCCAAAAAGAUUUCCCUCUGGGAUAUGGUUUGAAAUUGUAUCUGUUUGGAGUGAUUGCAUUUAUUCACAUAAGGAUAUUAGUUCACCAGCAGAUAAAUUGCAGAGUGAAAAGGGCCUAACUGGAGCGAAAGCUUCUGUUGUGGUUUCAUUUCUUCAUAGCAACUUCUUGACUGUAGGACAAAUAGUCAUGCCUCACUACAACAAGAUUCUUUCUGGGAAACCUCGGACAUUGGUUGCUACAGCAGCUUAUGGAGUCCUUACUGGCAGACGGAUUCCAUCUACAAUUGGGACUGAUCUUCCAAUAUUUCCAUGGAUGCUAAUCUCCUACAAAGAGUAUUGGCGGCUUUGCCACGAUUCAAUUCUUGCAUGCUACAGAUGA